AUGGUGUAUAUUCAAUUCCCUCCACUUUGGGUUCGACUCAUAUUACUAUGCUUAUUAGUGUCAUCGCCGUUUAUACCUUACAUUAGAAGAUUUACCGUACCCGCCAUGGUCGUCUUCACUUGGCUCAUCACAUUCUAUGCCGUGCAAUUUAUUCCCAGCACAAUCAAGCCUCAGCACAUCUUUGUUAACAUCUUGCCGACACUUGAACGUAUCAUUUAUGGCGCCAAUUUGUCAGAAAUCAUCUCCCAACAUACAAGCCCUGUAUUGGACAUCUUUGCCUGGUUGCCUUAUGGUAUCAUUCAUUUCGCUUUUCCAUUUGCCUUUUCCUUGGCCCUGUUUAUCUUUGGCCCUCCAGGUACACUGGCGGUAUUCGGUCAAGCAUUUGGCUACAUGAAUUUGGCUGGUGUAUUGACUCAACUUGUAUUCCCAACAUCACCGCCAUGGUAUGAGCUUUCUUACGGCUCAGCUCCUGCUGAUUACUCUGUGCAUGGCCAACCUGGUGGAUUAGCUCGAAUUGAUGAGAUUUUGGGCUUGGAUUUGUACGGUACAACAUUUGGUAAUUCUCCUCUUGUGUUUGGUGCUUUCCCAUCUCUUCACUCUGGCUGCGCUACGAUUGAAAUGCUGUUUCUAGCUUGGUUAUGUCCUAAAGCAAGACCUUAUUGUGUUUUCCAUGUUAUGUGGAUGUGGUUUGCUACCAUGUAUUUAACGCAUCAUUAUCUCAUUGAUCUUGUCGGUGGCUCCAUUUAUGCUACACUUGCCUUCUUUUGCUUCCGCCGGUAUCUUCCCAUGAUUCGUCCUGGAUGUCUCACUCGUCUAGAUUACAUUGAUUCGAAAGUGUCUGUAAAGAAUUCCUUUGGUAACUUUGUUCGCUCCAUUGAAAUGGAAAGAUUUAUGAAUACGCUGAGCAUGGCCGAGCACGCUGAUACCGAAGCCAUGUUGAUGAAGAGCGUACAUCACGGUGUUGACAAUGGCAGUUUUGUAUUGACAGACGAGGAUGAAGAAGAGCAAGAGGAUUCCACCAACAGCUAUGACCAUGUACCUCUUCGUGCAGUUACAAAGAAGCACAUGUAUAUAAUCACCAACGCUGCCAGUGGCCCUUCAUCGCUUCCAUCGACAUCAACAUCGCCUACCUGUUCUGACCCUCCCUCACCUAUUACACCCCAUUCCGACGCCUUUUUCCAACAGGACGUUAAACAACAUUAA